AUGGCGCGAUACCACCGGGCACUAGAGCCCCUGGCCCGGCAAAAUCAACCAGAGCUUGGAAACGGGCACGUGCCCAUGGGGAUUCAUCCGAUUCGGAACGGAGUUUGGAGGAGGAGUAUGAUGACUCCUAUAUGGACAUCUACAGUGUGGAAUUUUCAGAUUCCGGGUCUGACAUAA